CAAUUGGCAUUGCCAAGAGUGAAGAACGAGCUGCGAGUGCGAUCUGUGACUUUAGCUCAAAAUGCUAACUGUAAUGUGUAAUGUAACUAACAACGAAACAGCAUAAACAAUAUUUAAACAAAGUACGUGUGCUACAACAACUACAAUAACAACAAAAACAACUCUAGAAAAUACCAAAGAUCAAAGAUCAAAGAUCCAGCAUUGGAAUAUGUUCGACGUGCCGCCCAAGUGUCCAGCGCUGGCUAACAAACUGAGCGGGCUCUUUGGCUGGCGCCACACCUACAAGGUGGCUGCCAAGCAUGAGGGCAUACCCCAUGGCAGUCUGCACAAGUCCUACUCCCUGACGCUGCCCAAGCGGCCGCCGUCGCCCAGCUACGCUUGUGUCAAGGAAGCAGACUCCUGGGUAGCCGUACACCAUCUGCAGACACAGUCGGGCAUAUUGGAUCCCGAUGACUGUGUGCGCGAUGUGGCCGAUGAUCGGGAGCAGAUACUGGCCCAUUUCGAGGAUUCGGGCCCCGAUCCGGGCGUGCCGCAGGGCGGAGGCGAUGGCGCCUCGGGCAGCUCCUCAGUGGGCACCGGCUCGCCGGACAUCUUUCGUGAUCCCACAAACACAGAGGCGCCCACACGGGAUCUGUCCACGCCGCACAUCGAGGUGACCAGCACCACGUCCGGCCCACUGGCUGGCCUGGGCGUCGGCCUGAUGGUGCGUCGCAGCAGCGAUCCCAAUCUGCUAGCUUCGCUCAAGGCGGAGGGCAGCAACAAGCGCUGGUCGGCGGCGGCGCCGCACUAUGCGGGCGGUGAUUCACCGGAACGCCUGAUGCUGGACAAGGCCGGCGGACAGCUGUCGCCACAGUGGGAGGAGGAGGACGACACAGCCGCUCAGCUGAAGGAGCAAUUGCUGCAGCAGCAGCAGCAGCAACAGCAUCCACACGCCGGCGCAGCGGGUGCUCACCAGCCAUUCGCUCGUUCCGGCCGUCUGUCCAUGCAGUUCCUGGGCGAUGGCAACGGCUACAAGUGGAUGGAGGCCGCCGAGAAGCUGCAGCAGCAGCCGCAGCCGUUGCCCACGUCGCUCCCGAACAGCGCCUAUUCCAGCAAAUCGCUGCCGCGCGAAAGCAAGCGCAAGGAGCCCCUGGGUCAGGCAUACGAGUCCAUACGCGAAAAGGACGGCGAGAUGCUGCUCAUUAUCAACGAGUACGGCAGUCCGCUGGGCCUGACGGCCAUGCCGGACAAGGAGCACGGCGGCGGACUGCUCGUGCAGCACGUGGAGCCCGGCAGCCGGGCGGAGCGUGGCCGUUUGCGUCGUGAUGAUCGCAUCCUCGAGAUCAAUGGCAUCAAACUGAUUGGCCUGAGCGAGUCCCAGGUGCAGGAGCAGCUGCGCCGUGCCCUCGAGUCCUCCGAGCUGCGCGUGCGCGUGCUGCGCGGCGACCAGCAUCGUCGCCAGCAGCAGCGGCGCGACUCCAAGGUGGCCGAGAUGGUGGAGGUGGCCACCGUGUCGCCCACACGCAAACCGCAUGCCGCUCCGGUGGGCACCUCGCUGCAGGUGGCCAACACCCGCAAGCUGGGCCGCAAGAUCGAGAUACUGCUGAAGAAGGGCCCCAACGGCCUGGGCUUCUCGGUGACCACGCGCGACAACCCAGCGGGCGGGCAUUGCCCCAUCUAUAUCAAGAACAUCCUGCCGCGCGGCGCUGCCAUCGAGGAUGGGCGCCUGAAGCCCGGCGAUCGCCUGCUCGAGGUCGAUGGCACGCCCAUGACCGGCAAGACCCAGACGGAUGUGGUCUCCAUUCUGCGUGGCAUGCCCACAGGCGCCACAGUGCGCAUUGUCGUUUCCCGGCAGCAGGAGCUGGCCGAGAUGCCCGUUGGCCCCCCGGAACCAGCUGAGAAGCCAGUGCCAGCUGCGCCAGCUCCAAUUUCAGCUCCGAUUCCGGUGCAAAAGUCGAGCAGCGCUCGCUCGCUCUUCCAGCAACAGCAGCAGCAGCAGCAGGCGCAGCUCAAUGAAUCUCAGCACUUUAUUGAUGCGGGCAGUGAGUCGGCGGCUUCCAAUGACAGCCUGCCGCCGAGCAGCAGUAGCUGGCAUUCGCGGGAGGAGCUGACGCUCCACAUACCCGUCCACGACACCGAGAAGGCUGGCCUGGGGGUCAGCGUGAAGGGCAAGACGAGCUCGAACUUGAACGCGUCCACGCCGAACAGCAGCAGCAACAUGAAACACGACGGCGAUCUGGGCAUCUUUGUGAAGAACGUGAUCCAUGGCGGGGCCGCAUCGCGCGACGGCCGUCUGCGCAUGAACGAUCAGCUGCUGAGUGUGAAUGGCGUCUCGCUGCGCGGCCAGAACAAUGCCGAGGCCAUGGAGACGCUGCGCCGUGCCAUGGUCAACAAUCCGGGCAAGCAUCCGGGCACAAUAACCCUGCUAGUCGGACGCAAAAUCUUGCGCUCGGCCAGCUCCAGUGACAUAUUGGAGCACAGUCAAAGCCAUAGCCAUAGCAAUAGCAACAGCAACAGCAACAGCAACAGCAAUAGCAAUAGCAACAGCAGCGGCGCCAACAGCAACAGCAACAGCAACAACAACAACAACAACAACAGCAGUUCCAAUGCCAGUGACAACUCGGGCGCCACGGUCAUCUAUCUGAGUCCAGAGAAACGUGAGCCGCGCGGCUGCGGCAACGGACCUGGCAGCGAUAUGAAUAGAUGGAGCAAUCCCGUUUUGGAUCGUCUAACCGGUGGCAUUUGCUCCGCGAAUUCAACACAGCCAACACAGCAGCAACAGCAGCAGCAGCAACAACAACAACAUCAGCAACAGCAGCAGCAAUCGCAGUCGCAGCAGCGUCGCGUGCCGCCUCCUCCCCUGGGCGGCAACAGCGGCGCCUUGCGCAACGAGAGCUACUACAUGGCCACCAAUGACAGCUGGUCGCCGGCGCCCCUGCAGCUGCUCAAUGGGCAUGGCAACACGGCGCUGCUCAUUGAGGACGAUGCGGAGCCCAUGUCACCCACGCUGCCGGUGCGCACACACGAUGGCCAGCACUGCAACACGAGCAGCGCCAACACAUCGCAGACGAGCGUCGGGAUGGGACAGACGAGCGGCGUGGCCGCGACAGGCGUGGCUGGCAAUUUCGAUGCCACGUAUUCGUCGCAGCUGAGCCUGGAGACGAACAAUUCCGGGGUGGAGCACUUUUCGCGCGAUGCGCUCGGCCGACGCAGCAUCUCCGAGAAGCAUCAUGCGGCGCUGGAUGCACGCGAAACGGGCACCUAUCAGCGCAACAAGAAGCUGCGCGAGGAGCGCGAGCGGGAACGUCGCAUUCAGCUAACCAAAUCGGCUGUCUAUGGAGGCUCCAUUGAGUCGCUGACGGCGCGCAUAGCCAGCGCCAAUGCCCAAAUGGCGGCAGCAGCGGCUGGCUAUAAGCACGCCAAGACCAGCUCCCACAUCGAGCAGCGGGAGCAGCAGCAGCAGCUGCUGCUGGCCGCCGAGGCCGAGGCGCGCGAUCAGCUGGGCGAUCUGGGCCCAUCUCUAGGGCUGAAGAAGUCGUCGUCGCUGGAGUCGCUGCAGACGAUGGUGCAGGAGCUGCAAAUGUCGGAUGAGCCGCGCUCCCAUCAUGCGCUGCGUGCGCCACGCGGACGCGGACGUGAGGACAGCCUGCGCGCCGCCGUCGUCAGCGAACCGGAUGCAAACAAACCGCGCAAGACCUGGCUGCUGGAGGAGGGCGAUCACGAGGGCGGCUUUGCCUCGCAGCGCAACGGGCCGUUCCAGAGCUCGCUCAACGAUGGCAAGCACGGCAGCAAGUCGCGCGCCAAGAAGCCGAGCAUCCUGCGGGGCAUCGGGCACAUGUUCCGCUUCGGCAAGAAUCGCAAGGAUGGCGUUGUGCCCGUCGACACAUAUGCCACGUCUGCAAUGGGCUCCUCGUCGCAGCCCAUGAAUGGCCAGUCGCAGCAGCAGCACCAGCAGCAUCAAUUGCAGCAGCAGCAGCAGCAUCAAUUGCAGCAGCAGCAGAUACCAGCAGCAGCGCUUGCUGCACUGGAACGCAAUGGCAAGCCGCCAGCGUAUCAGCCACCGCCACCACUGCCCGCACCCAAUGCAGCGGGUGGCGGCGGUGCAGUGGGGCCCGGGCGCGACUCAGCUGCUGCCACACUGAAUGGUGGCAUACACCAGAAUGACAUAUUCAAUCAUCGCUAUCAGCAUUACGCGAACUAUGAAGACCUGCACCAGCAUCAGAUUAGCGACAGCGUUCAAGAGACGCUCUCGGAGUCGACGCUCGAGUGCAUGCGACAGCAGGUGAUCAGGCAGCGCAUCAAGGUUGAGGCCGAAAGUCGCCGCCAUCAGCAUUACCAUUCGCAGCGCAGCGCCCGCUCCCAGGACAUCAGCAUGCACUCCAAUUCCAGCCAGCAGCCACCGUUGCCGCUGCCCCCGUCGGCGGCCGCCGUUGCCGCUGGCCAUCAGCAGUCGAACGGCAUGCGGCCAAUGAGCAGCUACUACGAGUACGACACGGUGCAGCAGCAGCGCGUGGGCAGCAUCAAGCACAGCCACAGCCACAGUCACACCAAUGCGACGUCCUCGCCCAUCAGCGUGAAUGUGGCGCAGCCCCACUGGAAGGCCGCGGCGCUCAACGGCUACUCGCCGGCAUCGUUGAACAGCAGCGCACGGAGUCGCGGACCUUUCGUCACCCAGGUGACCAUUCGGGAGCAGACCGGCAUGCAGCAGGCGCAGACACAGUCACCGUCGCAGUCGCAGCAACCCACCUACCAGACCGUGCAAAAGUCGCAGUCGCAAUACGGCAGCGCUGCCGGCGCCCAGCCGCAUGCGUCGAAGGUGUGACUAUAGGUGCUGGCGCAUGCGCGCGCCACACGCGACGUCCUCGUGGAGGGCCACCAGCCCAGCCAGCACGCGGAGCUGAGCGAGGUGGAGGUCUUCUACUAUGCCACCGAGUGCUGACUGACGGACAGCCAGGCAGAUAGGAGGAGACAGACAGGUCGCAGUGUGCGAGUCGCCAGCGGCCGGCAAAGCAAGCAAUCAACUGGAAAGCAGUUUAAAUUCUUUUUUUUUUUUUAAAUACAUA